GGCCCCAAGUGUGGAACCUAGGAGGACAAGAUCGGCCGUGAUUACCGUCCCCGAGGACUGCAGUUUUUUAUCGCGUCCUGUGGGGGUUGCAAGCUACCUAAGGCCCCUCGUCUCGGACUCGGAUAAGCGGAAGAUGAACGGGGUCCCCUGGCAGAGUCUUAUUAACGAGGGCAUGCACGCGGGUAACCGGAGCGUGGUGCUCGUCAAUGAAGCCUUCAUCCGUGCUCAGCAAGAGGUUGACGACCUUAGAGGCCAACUGGAUGCCCAGGGUCGAGAAACGGAGAAGUUCCAGCACCUUUUGCAAGUGAAGGAGGAUGAAUUGAACCGAGCUGUUGCCCUUUCCAACCUUCAACCCGAGCUCGAAGCAGCGAAGGCCGAAAACCUUCGGUUAAAGGAUGAGUUGGCCGGGAUGGUCGAGAAGAAUCGGCUUCUGGAAGCGGACAAGGUCGGCCUUAGCCAAGAUAAUGCUCGUUUUUCUUCGAGGCUUGGUGAGCUCAAAACCACUAUCUCUCAACUCCGGGGGGAGCUUGACUCGGUCAAGUCUGAUGCUGUGAACAUGUUCGAGAGGCAUCGGCUGCUUGAAUCUAAGAGUGCUAAGUAUAAGGAGAGGAUGAGGGUGUUCGAGCAAAAAGCCGAGGAUAGGGCCCGGAUAUGCGACGAGCUGAAAAUCGAACUCGAGGAGACAGCCGAGGCUAAUGACCUUCUCAAAGCCGAGCUUGAGUCGGCCACUCAAAUCCAAAGAAUCCUCGAUGAAGAGAGAGAUGAAUUAGUGGCCAAACUGGCCCAGGUUGAGGCCGAUUUGGCAGAAGCCCUUAGGAGUGUGGAGGCUGCCGAGGCUCAUACCACGAUUGCGGUGGAGUAUGAACGGUGGAAGUCCCGGAGGGCCACCCUUGAGCAAGCCGAGCAUGGUUUUGCGGAUCUCCCGGCCCUGAUACUCGAAGCUAAAAGGACCGAGGAAGAAGCUAAGAGAGCCCUCGAUACUGACUCCGAAGAUUCCGAGCGGACGAUGUCAAGGCAUUACGGAUCCGGCCAAUUUUCGGAUAGACCAGGGCCUGAAUUUCGGGUGUAA